UCACAGCCGAAAGUAUCUUGCUUUGGGCCAAAUCUCAUGAUGGCUCCUCAUACGGAGUCUAAGUACGAGUUUGGCGGACCGUAAGUAUGCUUUCUCCUCCCAGACUGAAUCAAAUGCUGAAUUCCUGGCAGCUUAGGGGCCUCAGCUAUCACCUUCGGCCUCCCUGUGCUCUUGUAUUUCUUCGCUUUCGGUUGCAAUGAGGUAGCCGGAUGCCCAGUUCCUUCUCUAAUUAGCCCCGGAACUGUUACCUGGGAGAAAUGGACUUCAGAAGCCGGUUGGCCUGAAGGGGGAAUAUGGGGCCUCUUCAGUUGGAAAGUCAGCUGCAUGGUGCUGGCUUACUACGUCUUGAGCCUAACUCUAUGGAGAGUUCUUCCAGCGCGAGAGGUUCACGGCACUAAGCUCGUUCACCAUGGCCGUCCUCUCAUGUAUCGCCAAAAUGCAUUCUCGGUCAGUCUGGUGCUGCUAGCUAUCUGCGCUGUUGGUACAUAUAUCCAGGGCGCAGACUUUUCUUUGUGGACAUACAUUGCGGAUCAUUAUGUUCAGCUCUUGACUUCCAAUGUCCUCAUCUCAUACGCCCUUUCUACCUAUCUUUACAUCCGCAGCUUCGGUGUGAACACCAAGUACCCCAACAAUGAUCUUCGAGAGCUAGCUGACGGUGGUAACACCGAAAACUUUAUCUAUGACUUCUUCAUCGGCCGUGAACUGAACCCGCGUAUCACCCUUCCCCUUUUUGGCGAGGUUGACAUUAAGACCUGGUGUGAAGUCUACCCUGGCUUGACAGGCUGGAUCCUGCUCGAUCUUGCAUUCAUAGCCAAGCAAUAUCGGACCUAUGGCUAUGUUUCUGACAGUAUCGUCUUUAUUACAUUCUUCCAAGCCUUCUAUGUCCUCAACGGUCAGUAUAACGAAGCCGGCGUGCUGACCAUGAUCGACAUCACAACAGACGGCAUGGGUUUCAUGCUCUCGUUUGGUGAUCUGGUCUGGGUACCCUUCCUGUAUUCCACCCAGUGCCGAUAUCUUUCUGUAUAUCCUCUGCAGCUGGGAUGGGUCAACAUCGCUGUAGUGAGCGCUGUUUUUGCGCUGGGAUUGUAUAUCUUCCGGGCCGCUAAUAAUCAGAAGCACGUCUUUCGCACGCAGCCCAGUGUUGCGGGUAUGUCUUAUAUUCAGACAAAGCGAGGCACCAGGCUACUCACUGCGGGCUGGUGGGGCAUGUCGCGUCAUAUUAACUACUUUGGCGAUUGGAUGCAGGCGUUGCCCUUUAGCCUACCUACGGGUCUGGCUGGGUAUGUGAUUCUACCGGCAGGAAACAUACUUGCUGCUUCGCAUAGCUUCACGAUGCUCGAUGGGCGAGAGGUUGUUCAAGGUGAAGCUAGAGGCUGGGGCAUAGUUUUCACAUACUUUUAUGUGCUAUACUUUGCUAUUUUGUUGAUCCAUCGUGAGCGCAGAGACGACGUCAUGUGUGCCGUCAAAUAUGGCGAGGAUUGGGAGACAUAUAAGAGGACUGUCCGAUGGAGGAUCCUGCCUUGGAUCUAUUGAGUCCCGAUAUACUUUUUGCACACAGUAUGGUGGGCUCCGUAUUUGAUAUUUUCCAUAUAUAUCUUGGUCUAUUGUUAUCACCAUUAAUCAGUAAUACCGAC